UUGUAGUUCGUACGUAGUCGUCGUCGUCGUUAAGUUAUAAAAGCUUGCUUACGAAGCAUCGUUGCUUUGAUUGGCAACACAACGUGCAUAGAACAAAUGUAUACGUAGAAAAAUAAUAUUACACUCCGCAUGUUAAAGGAAAUCGGAAGCGCGUGCGCGAAUAUUCUCAAAUCGAUCGUAAUAUGCAUUUAUUAUUAUUUAUUUAAAAGCAAAGCGCGCGUAAAGAGCGAAGGAUAAUUUGAAAAGAGAGAAAGAAUAAGAAAUAACAUUAUAAUUGUAAACACGUGCGUACAUAGAACAUAUAUUCAUUUAUGCGCGCCUUCCGUUCUCAAAAUCGAUAUUGUCGCUGUGUGUUCCGUACGAAGGCCCACGUACGAAACUUAUAAGAGUCAACGAUAUUCGAACAUAACCUCAAAAAUCGACGGAUCUUUUUCCUUCGCAUUUUCCUUGUGCAGCGUAAAAAGAAAAAGGAAAGAGGAAAAGAAAGAGAGAGGGAAAGAGAGAAAGAGAAAGAAAAAACAAGAGAGAGAGAGAGAGAUAAACGGGAGAGAGAGAGAGAGAGAAGAGAGAGAGAGAGAGAGAGAAAUACAUACCAUCCGGAUCAUUGAAGAGAUUUUGAUUUAAGGAUCGAUGUUGGAAUAUCAAAGUGAUCAUCGUCGAACGAAUCGAGGGUAAGGGAUAUACCAGCGAGUCUGAGGAGAGCAACGAAGGCUGAUUUUUUUGCGAAUCUUUCGAAUGACGUCGAUAAGAGAGAAGGUCACAAAAAGUCGAUACUUUAAUAUAAGACAAGAGAAUGUUGAUGGGACAGACUUGAGGUGAAAUGUCCCGUAGUUUGCCAGAUAGAGUGGCAGGGCUUUAUUAUGCCCAUGGCCUAUUCUGUUCUUCGCAUCCCAUCCCAGUUAUCUCUUUGGCAAUAUCAAUUAUAUUACUAUGCUGUUAUCCUUUAGUAAAUCUGCCAAUGCCAGGAAAUGCACCAAGAAUGAUACUUAAUCGUACGGUUGAAUCAACAAAUGUUACAGAAAAGUCAGCUUUGUAUGUUCAACAGGUUGUAUUAAGAAUUGGAGUGGUACCAUGGGCCGAAGAUUUGUCAUUAAUGGAUGCAUUUAGGGGACCUUUAUAUGAGAUAUUUAAUCUAUUGGAAAUUAUACAAAAUUAUCAGCACCCAGAAACGUUGAAGACCCUUGGCCAGGUUUGCUUGCAUAUAGAGGCAGCCAAAAAGAGAAAUGGGAAGAAACCGGAGGUUUUACCGGAGUAUAAUUGUCUAGUACUCUCUCCUGCAAAUUUGUGGCAGCAAAGUAUUGAACUAUUUUCACAAGAUACUAAUCUUAUUGGAACAGUAUUUUCAUAUAAGAACUUACAAAAAGGUAAAGUUAGUUUAGCAGAAGUAAUGUUUGGGAUGAAUUUAAAAGAAACUGGAAUUAAGCGAUAUCCAGUACGUGUUAGGCAAAGAAUUUUACAAUAUUCAGUCACCAUUUAUUUAAAGGAAUACGAUAUCGAAUUUAUAAGAGGAUUAAAUCAUCGAUUGAAAAGUUACUAUCGUCUUCAUCAAUCUGAAGAUAAUAUUACAGAUAUUGUGGCGGACGAUGCGCUACAUAUUUUUUAUCCUGGAGAAUUUAAUUACAGUGACUUCUUUCCCUUGAUGAUGACUUUCUUAGUAUUGCUUUUUUACAUUUAUUUUUCUGUGCGCAAAAUAGAACUUAUUAAAUCAAAAAUUGGAAUGGCAUUUAGUGCGUGCUUUACGGUAAUAGCGUCUCUUUCUAUGACCGUUGGUGUGUGUUUCUUUUUUGGUUUAACAUUGAGUUUAAGUGGAAAGGAAGUGUUUCCAUAUUUGGUGAUAAUUGUUGGUUUAGAAAAUGUAUUGGUGUUAACAAAAAGUGUAGUGAGUACUCCAGCUCAUUUGGAUGUAAAAAUUCGAGUCGCUCAAGGCUUGUCAAAAGAAGGAUGGUCUAUCACAAAAAAUUUGCUUACCGAAGUUACUAUUUUAACUAUUGGAUUGUUCACAUUUGUUCCCGCCAUUCAAGAAUUUUGUAUUUUCGCUAUUGUUGGAUUAUUGAAUGACUUCUUCCUUCAAAUGGUGUUUUUCUCAACAAUUCUUGCAAUUGAUAUUAGACGUACCGAACUUUCUGGUGAAAGUUCGAAAUUUCAUUUACCACACAUUCCAACAUCACGGAAACAACAGUUUACUACGACUAUAACGACAAAUAGAAAGCCUAAUAUAUUUCGUUCCAAGUCUCAUCCAAGGCUUAAUGGUUUGACCAACGGACCGACCAACGUGAUAGCUCCAAAUACACAGAAUACUUAUACAUUGGCGAAAUUACCCAAACGAUUACGAUUGGUUCAUUUUUGGGCACGUACACGUAUAUUUCAACGUGCAUUUAUGGUAUGGAUGGUAGUCUGGAUCAGUAUGAUUAUAUACAACUCUGGAAUAAUUGAACAUGUUAUUCACUUAAGUGAUACAUUAAAAACAGAAACAGAUAUUGAUGGUUACACUAUAGAUAGACCGCAAACAUUAAAUAAUUAUAUUGGAUUAGAUAAAAUAAAAUCUUUACAGACAUCACCUAGUACCGUUACCCCGGAUCGUUUAAACGAUAACAAUGAACUGAUUAAUAAUGUAACAGACGAAUUGAACAAAUUGAGACCUGUAGAUUUUCCACCUUGGAAUCGUUUAUCUCUUUAUCAUUGGUCUUCAAUUGUUUCAAUGUAUAAUAUUUCUGUAGCUGGUGAACAAGUAACAAUACUACCAACAAUUAAAUUAUCUCAUGCGGUUAGUCCACAAUUGGUUAGACAAAUUAGCAAUCCGAAUGAUGUGCAACACUUCCAAUGGCAAAGUUUUGCUACAGCUGCUCUUGAUCCCUUGGAUUUUUCAGAUAUGGAAAUACCAACAAGAUCCGAAGGGCGCGGAUUUAACACAAAUGCACCCUUUGUACCAUCGAGUCCUAUGGAAAUAUUUUUAGCAGCUUUACUUUGUCUAGUUAGUGUUAUUGUUGUGGCUUAUACAAUGGUGGUUUUAUAUCGUUGCAUUUGCUCUAGAAAUUAUGCAGAGUGGAGAGCUAGUUGGCACCAACAGGAGAAGACACAUGAUUCAGUGACACAAUUGGUCUUAGAAGCGAUGCCUUUAGUUCUAGAAGGUCACACUCAAGAAGUCGAAUGUAUUGCCACAGAUGGCAAUACCAUUGCAAGUACUUGUUUGGCUGGACACAUAAGAGUAUGGGAUUCAAUUUCGGGCGAACAGAUUGCUCAUAUUAACAGAAAGCAAUUCUUUGGUACACCUCAAAAAAAUGCAAAUCAAGUAAUACAAGAUACAGAAGAACUUAUGUCUGAUUAUGAAAGUGGUUCACCACCAUCCAGAGGUGAGAUAGAGAAUAUCAACUCACAAAGUUUAUACUCUGCGCCGUAUUCAUCAAUGUAUCAUAGACAAUCAUCACCAGGACCUUGUUACAUUCAACGACUAAAUUAUGGAAAUAUUAACAAAAGACAUUCAAUGGGCAAUAAUUUGGAUUAUGAUUAUCAAAUAAAUGAAUUCAACAAUAUGGAAAAACACAAAUCUUUGCGUAGAAAUUUGGAUAAUGCUUAUAAUCUACCUGAUUUAAAACAAACAAUUAAUACAAAAUUUUCUUCCAUGAAGCAUUCGUUGGUACAGAAAAAUUAUGAUCAAGGUUAUAAUUUUGGUGAUAAAUAUAAAAAUCUCUUAGACGAACAUAAUAGGACUAUAGACGAAAUGCAAAAAUCUGAAAAUCAGGAUGAGUUAAAUCUAUGUAGAAAAUCAAAUAUUUCAGUAAAUGGUACAGUUUUGUUAAACGGAGAAAAACCAUUACAAUUGACUCAAGGCAUUCCACCAAUUUGGUGCAUGGACUAUCAAGAAAAUUUAAUUGUAGUUGGAUGUUCCAAUGGUAGCUUAGAAUUUUGGGAAGGUACAACUGGAAGAUUUAAAUGUUUGUUUGAUGAUGGAUCCGGCUUUGGGAUUUCUGCUGUUAAACUUAUAGGCAGUAGAGUAAUAGCUGCUAAAUUAAAUGGUUCCAUAGAUUUCUUACAACUUGAAAGUUAUAGUGAAGGUCAACAAAUUGACUGGGGAUUUACAUCUUACAGAAGAACGCACGUUCGUACCGGUAGCGCUGGAUCACCAGUGGAUAUUAAUAUCAUGCAAUCUGAAGAAGAUCUUCGUUGUAUAAAAAUUGGUUCACACAGAGCACAUCAACAAGUUAUAACGGUUUUAGAUUCUGAAGGAGGUCGUGUUUUAACAGGUAGUCAAGAUCACACCCUAAAAGUUUACAGGUUAGAAGACCAGUUACCAUUGUACACUCUUCAUGGGCAUUGUGGACCAAUAUCUUGUCUAUUUGUGGACAGAAUUAGUCCUAUGACAUCCGCUAGUGGAUCUCAAGAUGGUUUACUAUGUGUCUGGGAUCUUUUGACAGGAACAUGUAUGUAUAGUAUACAAGCACACGAUGGUGCUGUAGCUGCUAUAACAUGUUCAGUAUCUUAUGUAAUAAGUAUUGGAACUGAUGAAAAGUUGUGCGUUUGGGAACGGUUUCAAGGUCACUUAUUGCAUGCUCUUCCUGCACACAGAGCAGCUUAUAGUUUACAAAUAGUUAUGUUAACGCAUCAUCUACUAAUCGCCAGUAGCCAGGGAUCGUUAGUGGUAUGGGACGUGAGAACUGGCGAACCUGUUCGUGAAGUAAGAUUGGGUCAUAAAGACAGUUGUAUAUUCGUAAAGCAAAUGAUCGCAUUAAAGGAUAGUGUAGUUUGUGAUUUUGGUCGACAGUUAAGAAUCGUCAGAUUUCCAUUGGUUUCUGAUAAAUUAGACUAAAUUUUGUGUAUGCUCAUGUACAUAGCUUUAUUUUACGUUUACUUUCGAUUAUAAAUAUUAUACGACACUUGAGUAAAAAAAUUGCUUCGCAUAAGCUUACUAUAAUCUACAGUAAUUUUACAGGGAUAAAGAUUUUUUACAUUGGAUGUAUUUUGUACUCGAUUAAACUAAGGGUACAUUUAUUAUUUUUUAAAUCUUUCGAUUAAAUUGCCCAUGGUAGGUUAUUUUGUUUGAAUUAUUUUACGAUAUGACAAUAGUAAUUUAUUAUUUUUUAAAUUAUCAUAACUAUUAGACAAAUUCAUGUAUGAAAAUAGUAAAAGCUAUUAUCGAUUUGUAUAAAAAAAAAUUAAAGGUUGUUGGAAUUCCACGAAUUCUUUGGAUAUUUAACUACUUCUUAUAUUCUUCCAUUUAUUUAUUUUUAAAGAAAUAUUCUAAGUGAGUUUUAUUAUUAGAAAAUUAUUUUUAAAAAAUGCUUUAUUUCGUGGAGUAAUACGUUAAUGUUAUUUUAAAUCAGUCUAUGCAUUAUUUAUAUUAACGUAUGUAUAUGUACAUAUAUAUAUAUAUAUAUGUGUGUAUGUUUGUGUGUGUAUGUAUAUGUAUACACAUAUACAUAAAAAUCAUUAUUUUUAUGAAAUCGUGAUAUUUUAAAUAAUCGUAAUUAUUAAUGCUUGUGAUAUUAAACAUUGCAUCUGUCAAAAGUUAUUGGCCCUCAAAUGUGUCAAUCUUAUGUUUAAAACGUAAAUUUAGAAUUUUUGCAUGAAAUAUGUUAAUAACAUGAUAUGGAAGAAUAAGGAAGUAAACUAAUAUUAUCGUUGCUAGAUAUUAAUAAGUUUGCAAAAAGCUUGCGCAAACAAUUAAAAAAAUUUGUUACUUGUUAAAAAUUGAUAAAAACGUAAUGUAAUUUGUGUGUUUUUGCGUGUGCACGCGCGCGCGCACGCGCGUGUGUGUGUGUAUAUAUAUAUAUAUACACACUUAUAAUUUAUAUAUCAUCCAGAUAAAUAUAUAUAAAACAAAAAGAAUUGGUUAAAUGUAUAGACAGUCCUGAUUCAGAUCUUUCAUCGCAAAAUUUUUUCUUAUGUAAGUCUAUUAAAUAAUAUUCCAUAAACCGUUUAACGAAAUUAUUAUUAUUUUUUAUUCCAAAAGAAAUCUCAUAGUUACAUAAUUAUUCAGAUUCGAGAAACUAUUCAUUUUUUCUCAUCUUUUAGCACGAGGACUAUCUAUACAUUACGUUUUUUACAACGUAAGUUAUUGGAAAGUUAAUCAUGACAUUAAGAUUUUUUUUCAUUUUUCUUGAUGAAAUCGAAUUUCAUUAUGCACAAUAUUUCAUCUUUACUUAUACAAGUGCCUUCGCAUCUGUCAUUUUAAUUUUCACUCGUAUGUAUUCACUAUGAUAGAAUUAUAUACACAUAUAUAUAUAUAUAGAGAGAGAGAGAGAGAGAGGGAGUAACGAAAAAAAAAUUGAUCUCAAUCUUUUAUUACGUAAUACGUAGAUGUUGCUCUAUCGAAGAGAAAAAAAGAAAAAAAAAGACAAAAUUUUAAUUAUUACAUGUUAAAACGUAGAAUACAUAUACAAAAGUGUACACACAGACACUUGUGAUACGUACUACGUAGUUAAAGUAAGGUUCAAUCGAAGAGAAA